CCCUGACCAGUGAUCCAGUCUGUGUGUGGCGGCCGCUGCGUGUGCUUUGUGCGUGCCGUGCGUCGAGUGCGUAGCGAGGCGAGGCGACGAGUUGUGGACGCGGGGCAGACACCUGUUGAUGCGCGGCUGUGAUUGGUCGGCGGCAGGAGGCGUUCGGCAGACAGGGGCCACGUAAUGGCCACGUGGCUGUGGGCGGCGCUGGCGGUGGCAGCUGCGGCGGCCUCUACGUCAUCGUCCACACUGCUGGGGGAACACGUGUGUCACAGGAAGGAGACGUACAACGUGACGAUGAAGGUGCGCUCCAAGGAGCCGGUGACCCUGAGGACGUACGAGUGGUGCAUGAAGGUGCCGCCGCGCUGCUCCAAGUACCACACCGAGCUGAGGGAGGUCGACAGGACGCAGGUGGUGUCUCGCGACCGGCUGGUGGAGGAGUGCUGCGCGGGCUUCCAGAAGGACCAGGACCGCUGCGUUCCGGUGGCCGACGACUCCAGCCAGACAGCACUGGCGCCGUCCACGCCAGAUCCGGAAGUAGCUCCAGCUCCAGCUCCAGUUCCAGAGGUGGGGGCGGGCUCGCCCUACUGGCAGCAGCUGCGCCUCACCGACGCCCCCGACCCGGCGGGCCAGCCGCCCCCGCAGUUCUCCGCCGCCGCCGAGGUGUCGGCCCAGCAGAAGGGCACCCCUCCCGCGGCCGCCUUCCCCAAGAAGGACACCAGGCUCGCCAAGAAGGGCGCGCCAGACAAGACCGCGGGUCUGGACAAGAAGAAGCCGCUGCCACUGGACGCCCUCGCCGGCGAGAGCCGUCCAGCCACGGAGUCCCCAGAGACGCAGACGUCGCCGCCGCCGUCGCCGCCCCCGCUGCCCCCGGAGCUGGACCUGCCGCCGCUGCUGGACAUGCCGCCGGUCCCCGCCAUGUCCGACCACAACCAGUCGCUGACGGCGGGCUCCGACCCUCCGGGUCCGGGUCGUAGCGGGAGGCGGCGGAUACCCCCGGAGAACGGCCACCCACUGCUGCACUCGGACCUGCCGGCCAUCCACUGGACGGAGAGGGCAGAGCCGGGCGCCGCGGCGCACGACGAGGGAGACGACGGGGGGGCGGACCACGAGGUGCUGACGUCGACGCCGCACGCGGAGCUGCCGCCCGAGAGCAUCAGCAAGGACGCCAUCAGCAAGGGCGCGCCCAGGAAGAAGGCGAGUGACGUGAAGGAGGUGCCCGCCUACGCUCGCAAGACGGCGACGCCGCCGCCGACUGGUGGCCCGCCGGCUGCGGGGGUGGAGGGGGCGGAGACCGCCGCCGCCGGGGGGCCCGAGGAGGGCAGCUGGGAGCCGUGGGGGCGGCAGCCCGUCCCCAAGGAGCUGCAGGGGGGCGGAGAGCCCGUCGCCAUAGAGCAUCACGUGCUCAACGGCCGCAGGAAGGCAGCGCACGCUAAGCGCGGCCGGGGGGAGGAUCUGAAGAGCCUGCCCCCAGGGAAGGACCCGGGGGUGGGUCUGCUGGUGAUGGCCGACCCGCCGCCGCUGCCCGUGGAGGCGCCACCGGCGCAGCCCGCGCCCGACCACGAGACCACCAUGCCGACGUGGCUGCCCGUCGCAAUCGGAGGCUCAGCGCUGGUGGUGAUAGUGGUGGUCUCCGUGUCGGCGGCGAUGCUGGCGCGGGGGCGGCGCCGCUACGUGGCGGGGGCGGCUGGGGGCGGCCCGGCGGCGGGGGCGGGAACCAUGGAGCUGCGCUCCAUCAGCCCCCACAGCGGCGCGUGCAGCAUGGCGCCGGACCCCAUGGCGGCAGCUCCCACCACCACAGUGGCGGCGCCGGUCUUCCUGAGCCCAGUCUUCGUGCAGCCUUCGGGAGCGGCGGGCGCGGAGGCGGCGGGGGUGGAGGCGCGCCCGGGGGCCGGCGGGGGCGGUAUGGGCGGCCAGGGCCUCCUGCUGGCGGCGGUGCUCAGCCCCUCCCACGCCCUCUGCUCGCCCAGGACCUCCUCCUUCAUCGAUCCGAUGCAGGCGGCGACGUACGACGUGCCGCCGCCCCCACAGUCGGCGGCCGGCACGCUGCGCCGCGACGCCGCCCUCAGCCUGGGCGUGGGCGGGCUGCAGCUGCACCACAUGUGCACGACGCCGCCCCCGGCGCCGCUGCCGCUGCCGCCCCACCACCACGAGCUGCAGCACGUCUACGAGGAGCUGCCCGCGUGCUGGCAGAGGCCACCUCCCGCCUGCCACUAGCCGGUCUUCAGCCUGUGGGAUCAGGGACACGGCUGGCCCUGUUACAACUGGCCGGUACCACGGUCCAUUCAAGUGUAAUGGAUUACCUUCUGGUGCGCAAUAUCCUGGUGACAAACUGAACCACCACAGGGCCCCAACCCGAGACCACUGUCAUUUUCACUGUACGUGAUCAAUAGUUCCAGAAGCGUCCAUGUCUUAGCAACAACCUGGGCUGCUACAGGUAACUGUGGCCCACCUGAACUACUAGAUGGCACUAUCUCUGAACCCUGUCUUCUUGUGUUGAUGUAACAACUAAAUAAAAAGUGACAGUUGGCCUAAUUGCAAUCUCAGGUACCACAGGGCUCUAUGUGUGGACCAAUUUUCUUUUCGUCUCUUAUAUGCAUGUUUUCUUUAAAGGUCACUGCCGUCUAAACUGUCUUCUGAUUACCAGAACCACCACAGGGCUCCAACUCCAAACCCCUGCAUUUCCAGUCUAGAUAAUCGAGGUAGAGUACAAUGCUUUACCGAGUGCCAAGAGUUCCUCGAACUGCGCUGUGAGACCCAUUGGAGCACCACAACCACCACAGGACACUAUGUCUAGACCGCUGUUCUCUUCAGUCUGUAUAACUCACCUAAAGGCGGGUAGGCUGGCUACGACUUGAGAUACCAUCAAGUCUCUGUAGGUCCACUUUUUCAGAGAUGGUUGUGGCACUCGGCUGUUCAAUAAAGGGUGUCAGUUCAAACACCGUUCAGUCAUCUGGUUUCCAAACUUAUUUUAUUUGGCUACCAGUUUCGUCAAUUUCCUACGCCAUCUUCAGGCCCCUGACCGACUUGCAGGAAGAUUCCACCUAUGUUCUGAUCAAAACGGGGCAGCAGAUUUCGCUUGCUAUGGCGAUACCUUCAACCAUCAUCUGCGACUGCCGACAGAUGAUGGUUGAAAUGAUCGCUAUAGCAAGCAUAAAUCUACUAAUACCAGUAUUCCUCGCCCCUGUUUUGAUCAGAUCCGGGAUGGAAUCUUCCUACAUGUUUUUCAGGGGCCUGAAGAUGGCAUUGUAAAUCUCUGAAACUGGCAGCCAAAUAAAAUGUUUGAAAACUAGACGACUGAAAAGUGUUUAAUUUGACAUCCUGAGCUACCAUCGGUCCCCAAGUUCUACCCAUUUUUAUUCUCAGCUCCUAAGACCAUAGUCGAAAUGCCAGGUGACCUAAUGGCGGACUGAACUACCACAGAGUCACAACUCAAGACCACUGUCAUUUUCAGUCCACGUGAUCAGUGGAUUCAGAAGUGGCAGGUGUCCUAGCGACAACCUAGGCUGCUACAGAGGAGCUGUGGCCCACCUGGACUGCUACACGGCAUUAUCUCUAAACUGUUAUCUUCUCUUAGCAUAACAGCUACAGAUAAAGCGGUAGGUGGCCUAGCUGCAAUCUAAAUUCCCAUGGAGCUCUAUAUCUGGACCAUUGUCUCAACUCUGAUCUCGUAUGAACGCAGUCCAUUUAAGGGUCGUUGCUGUCUAAAAUCUCUUUUGACAAGAAGAACCACCACAGGGCUCCAUCUCCAGACCACUGCAUUUCCAGCCUAGAUAAUGGAGCUAUGUGGCAAUGGUUUACAAAGUGCCAAGUGUCCUUUCAACAACCAGAAGUGCCAUAGCACACACCAACGCAGCUGAACUACUACAGGAUGCUAUUUAUAGACCGCUGCCAUCUUCAAUCGGUGUAACUAACCUGAAGUCAAAUGUCAGGUAGCCUGGCUAUAACCCAAGAUGCCAUGGAGCUCUGUGAUACAUUUUUAUUCUCAACUCUGAUAAGCAAGUCGAUUUAAAGAUCGUUAUCUUCCGAGAUGCUGGAGACAAAUUGAACUACCACAGAAAUCCAUCUCAAGGCCAUUGCUGUUUCAAGCAAGUCCAUGACCAACGGUUUCGGAAAUUCCGGUUGUCCUGGCUGCGACCUGACUACUGUAGGGACCUGUACCACACCUCAGUUACUGGCAGAGUCUGCCUUCAAAACCUUCUCAUCUUCUGUCUGCGUAUCAACUAAAAAUGUGGCCUGGCUACAACCUCAGUUACCACGAACACCAGUUUAUUUUCAACUCUAUGACCAUAGUCAGUAUAAGUGUCUUUUAACUACUGUAAGUGCUACUAGGCUCCAACUCAAGACUAUGGCACUUUUCAAUCCAGAUAACAGAGUUAGGGAUUAAUUGUUUCAUUAGUGUCAGAUGUCCUGACAACAACCAGGAUUUCUGAAGGGCAGUACCAUGCCCGUCAGCUGCUACAGGGCAUUAUGUCUCGACCACGUGUUUAGUUUAUCUACAUGAAGUAAAUAUAACUUGUCAGGUAAUCUGGCUCCAGCCUCAGCUACUAUGGGGCUCUAUACACGAACCACUUACAUUUUCAGUCUAAAUGAGCAUAAUUUAACAUUCAUUAACUUCUUAAAAACCAGGUACCAUGGUAACGAACUGAACUAUCACAGAACUCUGUUUCUAGGGACUGUUAUUACUUCCGAAAACGCCAUGUGUCGCGACUGCUGGAGUACAGACCUCCUCAGAUAUGACAAGCACUAUCUUCUGUCUGUGUAAGCUAACAAAGGGCCUGGUAGCCCGGUUUAAAAGCUGGUUCUUUGAAUACGUACAGAUGCAUGAUCGAAUUUGAAUCAUAGUUUUUGGAGUGCCACGUAUCCUGGUAAUAAAUAGUGCUACGAUGGAGGUCGUCCAUUGCUCGUUUCUGUCUAGGUAAUCGAGUUAAGGACGAAUGAUGAAAGCUCUCUCAAUAGCGCCAGGCGUGAGGGGGUCUCAAUUGUUGCAGGGUUCUAUGGCUGUAAUUUUCAUAUUUUCGGUCAAAAUAAAGAAGUUAGGGCAAAAUACUUUCGGCUGUGUCAGAUUUUUUGGCCAGAGCUUGAAUUAACACUGGGCUCUAUGGCCGGACCCUUGAUAUUUAUAGUUUCUAUAGUCGGAUUAAUGAAAAAGUACUUCUGUUAGUACUGCAGGACAUUUCGGAAGGAGCGUACGAAUCCCGAAUACAGUCUGCGAAGCGAGAGUGAAGUCUGGACUGGAAGUCUGCUUUAUUAGACCAGCAGAUUGAUUUUUAAUCAUCGACCUCACGACUGUUGUGGUACUGUCCUCCAUCUUCUGCUGUCCCAGUCACCACCGCGUAACUACUGUGCCCAACAUUCUCUAAACUCCGUUCUACAUAUUCUAGACCUAUCUGCUCCCUGCUAUUUUCAGCAGCUAAUACUCCAUCCUGAGUGCCACAGCAAACGUCCCAGUAUCCUGUUCCUUCUCCUCCCAAGCCUAUAACACAAACUUCGUUCCUCGACAUUUUUUCUUAGUACUUCUCAAUUUGUAUUGUUCUCGGAUGGGCCAGCUAAGGACCACGUGCCAAUUUACAUUACUUAUUCGUUGUUCGUUUCUUUUCUUCUAGUACUGUUUCAUCCGUAGAAUAUGUUUUUCCCUCACACUUUCUGGCCGCUUCAGAGCAGUUUCUUUCACUCUUCUACCAUUCACUCCCUCCGUACUCAAUACUUGUUCCCUACAGACUUCUCUCUCAGUUGUUUCUUUAGCUUUUAUGUUAUUUUUUAAAUCGUUUAUUUUAUUUCGUGUAUCCAGUUGACUGACUUUUUAUCCGAGAAAUAUUCGACGAUCUUUUUGGUUGUUGUACUGUCUUAAAUUCGAUAUAAAUGGCCAGAAAAUGACAAUCUUUCCCAUUACUUCCGGUAUUUUUCCUACGUUUCGAUAAAUUUCAUCAUCGAUACGUAAUUUCCAACCUUGCACGCGUCUUCGUGGGCCUAAUAUUUCAAUAAUAGAUCAUUUUUCUAGUAUUUUUCUAAUUUAUCUAAAAUAUAGUUUAGUGUUAGAAAUUCGCCUGUAUAUACACAUUCUAGCUUGACUGUUGUACUUUAACGCCUUAUUUUUGCAUUUUUAGGGAGGCGUUUUUUAUUGUAAAGGCAUAUAGUUAUACGAUAUGCCCCUCCCAUUUUGUGUGUCCUUUCUUCCAUAGCGGCUUUUUCGGAACCACUUUCUUGAAUUAUUACAACACAUUUUAAUUUUUCUGACCUUCUCUAUUUGUCUAAUGUCUGUUUUGAGAAAUUUCGUCGUAUUUUUAAUGUUUGUUUAAAAAAUUUGCUGUUUUUUCCUGCAGAAAUUCUUGAGCCAGUCUUAUUGCCUACUUCUUCUAAAGAAUUAUUUUGUAUUAUAGCACAUGUCACGUUUUUAGAAAGUAUAGCAAAGCCAUCUGCAAAUGCGAGAUAGUUUGUAGCAAUAUUUCUGUUUCCUCUUCCCAGCCUUAGUGGUCAAAUAUUACAUUCAUUCAGUUGCGCAUUCAAAAUUCUCAGUUUUUCUCUGGAACACAAUUAAAAAGAGCUAGGGAUAGGCCAUCGCCUUGGCGUACACCUGUGUUUAUGUGGAUAGGCUGAGACAGUUUUCUCUUAAAUUUCACUUUAGGUACCGUAUCUGUGCUUUGUUUGCCCACUUUUAAUGUUCUCCGAUAGCAAAACAUUACAGAUGCUUCGAGUGUCUUUUUCUCGGUACUUAUACAGUGUUCCAUGUACAAUGCUCUGCUGCUGACGAACUCUUUCAGGAACUCCAUCCUCAUUUCCACAAUAUCUGCUACCAGCAAAGUUCUGUAGAUGAAGAAAGCUCUCUACGUCUGUGCCAGUAUAUUCCUGACGCCUUCCUCACUUGUAUCAUGCUUUGCAAUCUUGCUUCCUACACAGGAGAAUCCUGUCACUGAUGAAUUCCCAAUUUUGAGAGGAAGCAAGUCGCUACUGCACUUUUUGCUGCUUUUCAUCCCCUUCAAUUUUGCUUGGGCGAUAAGUGCUGUCCCUUUCCUUCGACAGUUCUUCUAUGCCUUGUUCACGUAAGGCCAUGACUACGGUAAUGUAGGUCUGAGAAAACUUGCUGAAUUCAUAAAAAAAAACCUUAGCUAGAGUAAUAUGAACUUGAGACAGCGGAUUUGGCUGACUGUACUUCCAUUUUUAGUUGGCAGUCUUCUGAGUUUAGCUCGUCAGUGAUUUACAGUGAUGAUGCAGAAAAUGGGUAAUGUUUGGUUGCAGAGCUUAUUACCGUAAAACAUACCGCUGGUGGAUCAAAACUGCUGGACAUUAAGAGCGUUGCGUACACAAGAGCUACGCCGAAGACUUUCAAAUGAGGAUGCAGCUAAGUCGCCAGAACGUGUCGUGACAAACAAACGACAGGUUUCUGCAUGUUUUUCUUGUUCUAACAGCUAACAUUCAGUCACGGACACAGGUUUCACAAAUAUGGUGAUGUGUAAAUCCUGUAGAAUCUGCCAUAUUUCUAACUUGCGCUAAGGUUCCAUCUGCAGUUGGUGACUGUCUAACUCGAAAGGUUAAAUGUUCCACGUUACAAGUCUUCCCAAAACAUGUUUGCGACCCUGCGAAAAGAAGACUGAUACAAACAUUCCUGUGCGUGAAGUCAGGCCAGAAAUGACGAGAAGUCUUCAGUGCAUGAAAGUCGAAAGUGAAAAAUAGCCAGCUUAUAGCGCAUUCGAUAUAUUAACAGAAACGAGGUUCCAGAACUCUAUAAAUAUUUACACCACUUAUACUCGACGUAAUAUUCAGAAUACUCAUUUGAUUUAUUUUUCAAAUGCAAUUACAGCUGUACAAAUAGAAGAGCUUUACAUAAAAUGACAGAACUGUGUACUGUACCUUGUUUGUAAAUAUGUGUAACAAAUUUUGAAAUAACAAUAAAAGAACUUUGUAGGUUCACCUA